CCCAGGAGGCUCCCGGCGCGGCGGGCGCGGCGAGCGCGCACUCCCUGCUCCUCCUCCUCGCUGGCGCUGCCCGCCUCUCCGCACUCGCUGCUCGCGCCGGGCGCGCUCCGCCGGCUCCCUGCUCUCCGCGCCACCCUCCUCCGGGCCGCGCUCCCUGAGGGAUGGUACUGAAUUUCGCCGCCACAGGAGCCCGGCUGGAGCGCCCGCCCCGCGGCCUCGCCUCCCCGCCGAGCCGCCAGCGCCUCGGGACGCGAUGAGGACCUGGGCUUGCCUGCUGCUCUUCGGCUGCGGAUACCUCGCCCAUGCCCUGGCCGAGGAAGCCGAGAUCCCCCACGAGGUGAUUGAGAGGCUGGCGCACAGUCAGAUCCACAGCAUCCGGGACCUCCAGCGACUCCUGGAGAUAGACUCCGUAGGGCCCGAGGGUGCUCUGGAGGUGAGUCUGAGAGCCCACGGGGGCCACUCCUCCAAGCAUGCGCCCGAGAAGCGGCCCGUGCCCAUUCGGAGGAAGAGAAGCAUUGAGGAAGCCAUCCCCGCGGUCUGCAAGACCAGAACGGUCAUUUACGAGAUACCUCGGAGUCAGGUCGACCCCACGUCUGCCAACUUCCUGAUCUGGCCCCCGUGCGUGGAGGUGAAGCGCUGUGCGGGCUGCUGCAACACCAGCAGCGUCAAGUGCCAGCCUUCCCGCGUCCACCACCGGAGCGUCAAGGUGGCCAAGGUGGAGUACAUCAGGAAGAAGCCAAAGUUAAAGGAGGUACAGGUGCGGCUGGAGGAGCAUCUGGAGUGCACGUGCACGGCCACCGGCCCGACCCCGGACCACCGGGAGGAGGAGACAGGAAGGCGUAGGGAGUCAGGUAAAAAACGGAAAAGAAAAAGGUUAAAACCCACCUAACGCAGCCAACCAGAUGUGAGGUGAGAAUAAGCCAGCGGCCCUUUUCCGGGACACGGAUGUACAUGGCGUGUUACAUUCCUGAACCUACUAUGUGCGGUGCUUACUGCCAGUGUGUGGUCUUUGUCCUCCGUGAAAAACUGUCUCCACGCGCACUCUGGAGAACAAAGAGACAGUAUACGUUUGUUCAGUGCGACAUCAAAGCAAGUAUUGUAGCGCUCGGUGAAACAAUAGGAAGCCUCCUCGUCAAACAAAAAAGACAGAGAGCGAGCAAACAACCACGAAACAUGACAAACAAAACUGACUCACACAAAUAUCUACACGGUUGUCGGAAUGGAGGGACGCCCCGUGGGCCGGACGUGUCGCGCCUCGGUGGACUGGAUUUCUGUCCAGGGUGGUCACAGGUGCUUCUGCCGGGGACACAGCGCCUGCUUUCCGGAGGACUCCGGGCGGGUGCCGAGGGCCCUGCGGGGUACGCGGGAGCCAGGAGUGUCUCAGAACCGCCACGGGACUUAGAAACACAUCUCCUUGCCGUAGUGUUUAAGUCUAUACAGAAACCUUCCCGAGAGCCUUAAGUGGAUUUUUUUUUACACCAUAAAGUGAUUAUUAAGCUUUCCUUUUUACUCUUUGGCUAGUGUUUUUGUUUUUGUUUUUGUUUUUGUUUUUUAAAUGAUCUCUUGGAUGGCAUUGACACCUAUAACACCAGGCUGCUGUAAGUCAGGACAGUGGGACGGUAUUUCUCCUCGCAGGAUGCAAACAAACGAGAUGUAUUAAAAUAAAAUGGUAUACCCACCUAUGCAUCAUUUCCUAAAUGUUUCUGGCUUUACGUGUUUCUCCCCGGCCCCAUUUCAUCUUACUUUUUAAUUUAAGCCAUUUCGAGAGAACAGUUGCGUGAACCAAUCGAGUCCGUCCCGGCCUGCCGAUCCCGGGCUCCCCGCCCUGGCCGCCACCAGGUCGCCCCUGUGCCAGUGUUUGGACAGAAUCUAAAUUCUUUAUUUUUGGGAAGAUGUUACGCUUUACAUGUAUUCAACGGAAAUGUGUGUGUGUGUUGUGUUUUUGUUUUGUAAAGGUGAAGUUUGUAUUUUUAUCUAAUAUUACCACUUUUAUAUACCUGAGAGCCUGCUAUGUUUUUUUUUUUUUUUUUUUUUGAACCAAAAGGAAAAAGAAAAACUCACCAACAAAACCCAUACACGGGAAAAGUGCUUUGUGGUCCAUUUUUCUGGUUGUGUAACCGAGUCUAGACCCGUCUCCCAUCACGUGUCCGCGGAGCGGUUUCUGGAGCUGCGGACGAUCACUUGGAGGAGCCCCGCGCCCUCCCCGCCGCAAGAGCCCGCGGAGCGAGGCCGGCGCUCGAGAUUCUGGAGCCUCGCGGGGAUGGGCCAACGGAGCCAUCGGGCCAGGGGCGCGGCCAAGCAGACGAUGGGUUUAAUCUGGAAGUGAGUUGAUUGUCCCCGCGUGCGCGAGCCAGUGAAGGCAGGCAGCCCCACGUCGCCCGUGGCCUGCCGUCCGUGUCCCCAAAGUGGACACGCUACGUGGCCGUCAAGAUCCCUUUGCUGUGGGCGGGGACUCCAGCGCGAGAGCGAGUGUCUCCGUUAUCUGUGUGUUCGUGGGAGGACUUUUAUAAAGGAAUUUCUCCAGCA